CUUGAUCUUGAGUUACAAUGCUCGAUGUAUCAAUUGUCGACGUAGGUUGUGAACCCUUUUGUCGUGAUCUGGCUAUAGGCCCACAAGAUGGUGUCAUGUAUAAAAGAUAUUGAAGCUUGUUGUACCGAUGGGUGUCAAACGAAAACAGGGGAAAAAUACGAAGCUGUAUUUGUAGACAAGCUAAUAAAAGCUUGGAAAUUAGACAACCGAUUACGACAAUACAUCCUUGACGACCCAAGAUAUAUUAGCCUGAGAAGAAGGCUUUUUCAUCUUCUAAAGUAUCAAAUGAUGCCAAAGAUGUUGGACAGAAUUGACUAUUUGGAGGCAGAAAAAAGAAAGAAAGCGCUACUAAAAAUAUACAUGUGUCUUAUUUUGGCAGGUGCUUCUUGUCCGUGGAUUUUUUGACAAGCGCUAAGAGACUGCGAUCCUUCCUAAAUUAUUGUUUCACUUCAGUACCUAGAUCAACUGUUUGUUUUUUUUUAUUUUUCAUUUCACUAAAUACAAGAAACUAAAAGAUAGUUUUAUUGUGAUUUAUAUUAUAUACUUUUAGAUGCAUAAAAAUUAAAACUUUUGAGACAAGAUAUCAAACGAAAUUGUUGACUUUUUCUAUUUUAAAACAACAUUGUAUUUUCUAACUAUGCUAUUUCGACCAAAUACUGAAAAUAAAAUAAAAACUGUUGCUAAUAGCCUAA